AUGCGUCGUUUAACAACUAGAGCCGUUACCCCGGCUAGGCGCCUCACACGCACCCCACGCUCACUUUCAAGGGCACUUUCAUCUCAAAUUGAAACCCAAGCUAAGGACCCCUCUGAACUCGAUCAAGUAACAGAACUCUCCAAUGGCCUACGUGUAGCCACCGAGUCCUUACCGGGCCCCUUCGCCGGUGUAGGCGUAUAUGUCGAUGCAGGCUCGCGCUACGAGAACGAGAGCCUUCGCGGCGUCAGCCACAUCAUCGACAGACUAGCCUUCAAAUCGACCUCGCAGCGGACGGCUGACCAGAUGGUCGAGGCACUCGAGCGCCUGGGCGGGAACAUCCAGUGCGCGUCCGCGCGCGAGUCGCUCAUGUACCAGUCCGCCAGCUUCAACUCGGCCGUGCCGACGACGCUGGCGCUGCUGGCGGAGACGAUCCGCGACCCCUGA